CCGGCCAACGCAGCCUGACUGCUGCCGGUGCGCGCCCUCUGCGGAUUGGCGGGACCGCAAAGAAGUCGCGCUUUGAUUGGGCCGCUGUCAGGUGUCGCUGCCUGCAGGUUCGGCUGCGCGAGCGGAGGGAGGCGGGAAUCAACAGUAGCCUUCCUUGAAGAACAGCCUCUUCUAUUUGCUGCCUGGAGUUAACAUUGUUUCCUGCUGGCAGAAUCAGGGAUAUGCCAGCACUAGCGGGAUGAGUGGGUGUUCCGGCGGGGAUGUGGUCACUGCCGGCCAAUGAGGACGAGAGCACUACAGCCCACUUCUUCCUCGGAGCUGGAGAUGAGGGGUUGGGCACCUGUGAAAUUGGCAUGAGGAUGGAAGAGAGCGACAGUGAACUCCUUGAGGAUGAGGAGGAUGAAGUGCCUCCAGAACCUCAAAUUAUUGUUGGCAUCUGUGCCAUGACCAAGAAAUCCAAGUCCAAGCCAAUGACCCAAAUCCUAGAGCGACUGUGCAGGUUUGACUACCUGACAGUUGUCAUCCUGGGAGAAGACGUGAUCCUCAAUGAACCUGUGGAGAACUGGCCCUCCUGCCACUGUCUCAUUUCUUUCCACUCCAAAGGCUUUCCUCUGGAUAAAGCUGUUGCUUACUCCAAACUUCGAAACCCCUUCCUUAUCAAUGACCUGGCCAUGCAGUAUUACAUCCAAGAUAGGAGGGAGGUGUACCGGAUCCUGCAGGAGGAGGGCAUUGAUCUACCAAGAUAUGCUGUGCUCAACCGUGACCCCGCCUGUCCUGAGGAGUGCAACUUGAUAGAAGGUGAAGACCAGGUGGAGGUCAAUGGAGCGGUCUUUCCCAAGCCCUUUGUGGAGAAGCCAGUGAGUGCAGAGGACCACAACGUUUACAUCUACUACCCCAGCUCCGCCGGAGGAGGAAGCCAGCGCCUCUUCCGAAAGAUUGGCAGCCGGAGCAGUGUUUACUCUCCUGAGAGCAGCGUCCGGAAGACAGGAUCAUACAUCUAUGAGGAGUUUAUGCCAACAGAUGGCACAGAUGUUAAGGUGUACACAGUGGGGCCAGAUUAUGCCCAUGCUGAAGCUAGAAAGUCUCCAGCUUUGGAUGGGAAGGUUGAACGAGACAGUGAGGGCAAAGAGGUUCGCUAUCCAGUCAUGUUAACCGCCAUGGAAAAGCUGGUGGCCAGGAAGGUCUGCGUAGCUUUUAAGCAAACAGUUUGUGGGUUUGACCUUCUUCGUGCCAACGGUCACUCCUUUGUGUGUGACGUCAAUGGCUUUAGCUUUGUCAAGAACUCAAUGAAAUAUUACGAUGAUUGUGCCAAGAUUCUGGGGAACACCAUUAUGCGGGAGCUUGCCCCACAGUUCCAGAUACCAUGGUCCAUCCCCACAGAAGCUGAGGACAUCCCCAUUGUCCCUACCACUUCUGGCACCAUGAUGGAACUCCGCUGUGUCAUUGCCAUUAUCCGUCAUGGAGAUCGAACCCCAAAGCAGAAGAUGAAGAUGGAGGUGACGCACCCGAGGUUUUUUGCUCUAUUUGAAAAGCAUGGUGGAUACAAGACGGGAAAAUUAAAACUUAAGCGACCUGAGCAGCUCCAGGAGGUGCUGGACAUUACGAGGCUGCUGUUGGCUGAGCUGGAGAAAGAGCCAGGCGUUGAGAUUGAGGAGAAGACGGGGAAACUGGAGCAGCUGAAGUCCGUGCUGGAGAUGUAUGGUCACUUCUCAGGUAUCAAUCGGAAGGUGCAGUUGACUUACUACCCCCACGGAGUGAAAGCUUCGAAUGAGGGCCAAGAUCUGCCGAGAGAAACCCUGACACCAUCUCUCUUGCUGGUGCUGAAGUGGGGUGGAGAGCUGACUCCUGAUGGCCGAGUUCAGGCCGAGGAGCUGGGUCGAGCUUUUCGCUGCAUGUACCCUGGAGGCCAGGGUGACUAUGCUGGCUUCCCUGGCUGUGGGCUGCUGCGUCUCCAUAGCACUUUCCGUCAUGACCUCAAGAUCUAUGCCUCUGAUGAGGGCCGAGUACAGAUGACUGCUGCUGCCUUUGCGAAGGGCCUCCUGGCUCUAGAAGGGGAGCUCACACCCAUUUUGGUGCAAAUGGUGAAGAGUGCUAACAUGAACGGGCUGCUGGACAGUGACAGUGACUCCUUGAGCAGCUGUCAGCACCGUGUGAAGGCACGACUGCACCACAUUUUGCAGCAGGAUGCACCCUUUGGCCCUGAGGACUAUGACCAGCUGGCUCCGACUGGAAGCACUUCUCUGCUCAACUCCAUGUCUGUAAUCCAGAAUCCUGUGAAAGUCUGCGAUCAGGUGUUUUCCCUGAUUGAAAAUCUUACUCACCAGAUUCGGGAACGGAUGCAGGACCCUAGCUCUGUAGACCUGCAACUCUACCACAGUGAGACACUAGAGCUAAUGCUGCAGCGCUGGAGUAAACUAGAGCGAGACUUUCGACAAAAGAGUGGGCGCUAUGACAUCAGUAAGAUCCCUGAUAUCUACGACUGUGUCAAGUAUGAUGUACAACACAAUGGGAGUCUGGGACUUCAAGGCACAGCUGAGUUGCUGCAUCUCUCAAAAGCUCUGGCUGAUGUGGUCAUUCCUCAGGAGUAUGGGAUCAGUCGAGAGGAGAAAAUGGAGAUUGCUGUGGGCUUCUGUCUUCCACUGCUGAGGAAGAUCCUACUUGACCUGCAGAGAACCCACGAGGAUGAGUCUGUCAACAAGCUGCAUCCCCUGUACUCCCGUGGAGUGCUCUCCCCAGGCCGCCAUGUUCGAACGCGACUCUAUUUCACCAGUGAGAGUCACGUUCACUCCUUACUCAGUGUCUUCCGUUAUGGGGGACUUCUUGACGAGACCCAGGAUGCACAAUGGCAGCGAGCUUUGGCUUAUCUUAGUGCCAUCUCAGAGCUCAACUACAUGACCCAGAUUGUUAUCAUGCUUUAUGAGGACAACACUCGGGACCCAUUGUCAGAGGAGCGGUUCCAUGUAGAGCUACAUUUCAGCCCUGGAGUGAAAGGUAUUGAAGAAGGCAGUGCCCCAGCUGGCUGUGGAUUCCGUCCAGCCUCAUCGGAGAACGAGGAGAUGAAACCAGAUCAAGGCAGCAUAGAGAAUCUAUGUUCAGGGAAGGCAUCAGAUGAACCAGACCGAGCAUUACAGACCUCACCCCAACCUAUUGAGGGCACUGGCCUCCCGAGAAGAUCACCCCUCAUUCGGAAUCGAAAAGCUGGCUCCAUGGAGGUCAUGAACAUGCAGUGCACAGGGAACCUGGACCUGAUCCCCUUGAGGGGACGGCGCCGCAGGAGGUCAGGAGACCUCCCCCGGCUUUCCCCAGCCAUCGGCCUACAGCCCCGGGCUGUGUCCACCACUCACCUGGCUUCCUGCACACAGGUGCUGUCUGAAACUUCAUCUUCAAGACCUGGUGGCUAUCGGCUAUUUUCAUCUUCACGGCCACCCACAGAGAUGAAGCAAAGCGGCCUAGGCUCACAGUGCACAGGGCUGUUCAGCACCACAGUGCUGGGUGGCUCCUCCAGCGCGCCGAAUCUUCAGGACUACGCCCGCAGCCAUGGCAAAAAGCUCCCGCCUGCCAGUCUAAAGCACCGAGAUGAGCUCUUGUUUGUCCCGGCCGUAAAACGAUUUUCUGUGUCGUUUGCAAAGCAUCCGACUAACGAGCUGCUGGAUGACCAGCACCCUGUGGUCCGGCUGCUGCGCACUUUUUCCUCUGACUGCCCCAGGGGCUGGCCAGUCUCCUUGGAUGCCACGCUGGCGCACCACCUGCACCAGUGCUCCUACCACCUGCGCCUCUUCCGGAACUGGCUGCGCUCAGGCCAGGAUGAUCCCGAGUGCCUCUACGGAUUUGAAGGGUGCUCCAUGGUACCUACCAUCUACCCCUUGGAAACACUACAUAAUGCCCUUUCCUUGCGUCAAGUGAGUGAAUUCUUGACUAAAGUCUGCCAGCGCCACACUGAUGCCCAUGCACAGGCAUCUGCAGCCCUCUUUGACUCUAUGCAUAGCAACCAGGCCUCAGAUAGCCCAUUUUCCCCACCCCGUGCUCUUCAUUCGCCACCCUUGCAACUUCGACAUCGCUCGGAAAAGCCACCUUGGUACAGCAGUGGCCCUUCCAGCACCGUGUCCAGUGCUGGCCCUUCCUCUCCUACGACGGUGGAUGGAAAUUCACAUUUUGGCUUCAGUGAUCAGUCCUCUGUAGAUACACAUGUGACUGAAGAAAACCAAGGCCUUGGGUUGCUCCAGGAGACUCCUGGAGAUGGAACGCAAGAGUUCCCUAUAGAAAGACAGCAAGAGCUUAUUGAGUCAAACCAGUCCCCUCAAGAGCCAUCUGUGGAAAUCAGCCCUCUAGGUCAGGGUGUCGCUGAGGUCAGCCAGACAUGCCAGGAAGUCCCAGAUACCACCCAGACAUGCCAUGACAUCCUUGAGGAGGUCGGCCAGCAUAACCAGGAAGUUCCUGACAUCAGCCAGCUGUUCCUGAAGAACCUUGACACUGCUACCAAUACUUGUCAGCCAUGCCAGAAGGCUAGCCAACUGUCUCGGGAAGUUUACCAACUUUGUCAAGACAACCCUGAGGAGAAUAAUCAGCUGUGCCAGGAGGUCCCUGUGGAGCUGGGCAGGAUGGCCCAUGGAUUCCCUGUAAACAUUGAUAGUAUGGUCCAAGAAACCUUUAUAGAAAUUGGCAGGCCAACCCAAGAGAUCCCUGAAGGGAUGGGCCCACCAUUCCAAGAGUUCUCUGUGGAGGUUGGCAUGCUGGCUCAGGAGGUCCCUGCUAUCAUCGAGUUGUCUCAAGGCAUCCUUGAGGCUGAUGAUCCAUCUCAAGAGCUCACUGAGGAGACUGGUCUUCAGGCUCAGGAGGUCUCUGAGGAGAUUGAUCAGGACUCCAGGGUGGUCCCUGAGGUGGUUGAUGAGCUGCCUAGUGAUGAUAUCCCCCAAGGCCAGUGUCUGUCUAGUGAUGUAAACACUGAAAGCCAGUCUCUGGCCCAUGGCCAGCACUUUUCCCUCCCACCAGCAAUGUAUAAUUAGUUGCUUUCUCAUUGGUGUCACAUUCUACCAGCCAUUUGAACCAGUAGCCUUUCUGUUGGCUAAUACACUAGCCAGAGCAAGGCCUAGGCUCACACCAGGGGUAUCUGAGGAAGUAGGCCUUCUGACAGGAAACAUGCUUUGGCCAGAGCUUAUGCCUAAGGAAGAGCUAAUUUAUGUGCAGAGCAGCUAUUAGCUCUUCACUUAGCCAUGGGGUGGGAAAUUGUAGAUUGUUCAAUGAAAUGCUACUUAACUAUUGUAGAUACCAUUGAGAGAAUAGCAAAUAUAAAAUGGAAGGCAGCAGGGUUUCUGCUUGUUGAAGGAAAUAUUCACAACUUCUUAAGGUACCAUCAGACCAUAUGUGCAUUCAAGGAAGCUCUUGUCUUCACUAUCACAGUCAGGCCCAGGAUAGCCACCUCAGAUGUCUGCAAAAUAGAGUUCCCUUCUCCCAAACAUCUGUCGUGGCCACUCAUGGUUUAGACUGGGCUUAUGGGUGUUUCCGUAUAAUUGCCAAGUGCUCCCUCUGCCCUAGUCCUGCUCCUCUGGACAGUGACUAAAGAGAAAAAUAGAUAUUAGAUUGCCAUGCAACUUCAAAGUGACUACUUCGCUUUGGAGAUUUGGAUCAGUCUAUGAAGCUAGGUCUCCGGUUGUUGUGAGGCCAUUGGGCUUAGAAGAUGUUAUAGUAUACAGAGAGAAUCAAGUUCUAUUUUAAGCAAUUAGCAGAGAUCAAUGUACAGACAUGAGCAAAGAUUUAAUAUAUAUAUAUAUAAACAUAUAUAUUUCUGUAGUUUGCCAGGGACAGACUGGCCAAAGAUCAAACACUCCAGGGUCCCCAAGAGGUUUGUCCUUAUAUCAUGUCUUUAGGACCAUAUGUGAUUAUGAAGCUUUUUCCCAAAGACCUAGGGAUGGGAGUGGGUGUGGGUAAUGCAGUCAUUGGAGUCAGGGGCCGGAACAUGACGAGUGCUCAAUAAAUAUGAAAUAAUGAGAA